AUGGCGGUGGAUUUCGGGUUCACCACGGGGAAGUACAAUGGGAGCUCCUUCAGCGCGAUGUCCAGGAACCCCUUCUCGAGCCAAACGAGGGAGGUGGCGGUUGUUGGCGGGAGGGGCGAAUUCCGCCUCGCCCGCGGUUUCGCCUUCAUCACCACGCGCGUCCUUAAAGGCAUCAAUAUCAUCGUCGAGUACAACGUUACGCUCCUGCACUACUAA